AUGGCCGAGCGGGUUGCAGACAAGAGCGCCGACGGCAAAGAUGCCGCCGACGUCAACUUCGUCGUCUCCGGGACCGAGUCACCCCGUUUAGACGGUGAUGGCGAUGGCAAGUUUCGUGAGCCCCGGCAGCAGCAGCAGCUAGAGUAUGAUACCGCGACGGUAGAGAGGAUCUAUAGAAAACUCGACCUUCGUAUCAUCCCAGCUUUUUGGAUUCUUUACUUUCUCUGUUGUGCCAUUCGCUCCAACAUUGGUAUCGCGCAGACCAUGAACAAGGACGUCGGCCACGACCUCAUCACGGUCCUCGGCAUGACCCCAAGCGAUGUGUCCCAGACACUUUCGCUGUUCUACGUCUCCUAUAUCAUUUUUGAUUUCCCGAGUAACUUGAUCAUGACCAGGGUCGGUCCUCGCGCGUGGAUGGCCAGGAUCGUCAUCGCAACUGGUAUUGUCGGGUCUUGCUUCGCCGCCGUCCAGAAACCCUGGAGUGCAAAACUCCUUCGAUUCCUCCUCGGCGCCGUCAUCGCCGGAAUGUGGCCCGGCAUGUCCCUCUACCUCACAUCCUUCUACCCGCCCUCGCGAACCGGCAAAAGGAUCGGCAUGUACUUCACCGCCGCUCAGGUCUCUGCCGCUGUCGUCGGCCUCAUCUCUGCCGGCUUCCAGCUCAUGGACGGCGUCGGAGGUCUCACGGGUUUCCGGUGGAUGUUCCUCCUCUACGGCCUCGUGACUAUCGUCGUCGGUUUCUUGCUCCUCUGGUGGCUCCCCGACAAGCCCCUGCCGCCCGGCGAGACAAGGCAGCGCUCCGGUAUCAUGAAAUGGCUUCCCGCGACCCCCGAGGCUCUCACUGGUGAAGAUGCCGUCGUUCAUUAUCAUGAGCUCCGCCGGGCGUACCACGGCAAACGCUGGACCUUGAGGGACUUGGGUUACGUCCUCUUGGACUGGCGCCUGUGGCCCCUUCUCCUCAUGUACUUCGGCGUUGUUGGUGUAGGCAUUGGCACCCAGCUCUACGGCAGCAUCAUCAUUGCGUCCAUCAACCCGAACUUUACCGGCAUCGAGAUCAGCUUGCUCUUCGCGCCGAUCUGGAUCAUGGACCUAAUCGCAAUCCUCAUCUUCACCCCACUCUCCGACCGCUUCCACUCCCGCCGCGCCAUCAUCUUCUCAAUCGCCGUCUGCAUCCAAAUCGCCGGCCUCCUAACCACCACCUUCGCCCUCCAGAACACCUGGGCCCGCUACGGCGGUCUCCUCCUCGUCGGCUUCGGCCUCGGCCCCACCGUGCCCACCUGCAUGGCCUGGACCAACGAGGUCUUCCAGAGCCGCCACGGUGAGGUCGGCGUCGCUUCCGCCACCGCUCUCGUGUCGGGCUUGGGUAACCUUGGCAGUAUCGUCACCACCUAUGCCCUCUACACUGGUUGGCCUGCCGAUAGCGCCAAGGGACCUCAUCGCUUCCGGAAGAGUAACCUCGUCAUGAUCGGUAUCCUGUGCAUCAGCCUGCUCAGCAGCCUUGCCAAUAUGGUCCUCUUGAGGAUCUUCGGUGCCAAGAAGAGUAGGAAUGGUGGCGGUGCUUCACCGAGCGAUGACGACACGAGCUCGUUUGAAGAUGGAGCGGCGAAGAGAGAAGCCGAGGAGCGCGGCCUUAGUGGCUGCCUUCCCUGGAUCAGGAAGUGA